ACAUUUUCAUGAGUAGCCUGAAUGGAACUUACUGUACACCCAUCAUUUACAUGGCUGGUACACGAAAGUUAAUCUCACAGGGGUAGGGUUGGGUUUUGAUUCACGUACAUGUGGCGAAUGGUGACCGUCGAACCAUUCUUCUCACUAUCGGCUUCGAGAAUCACACUGAAAAACGACACGCUAAUAUUUCAACUGGAAUUACAUGAGCAGGAUGGCUAUAGACGGGACGCUUAUGGUGCUCUGUGUAAUUCUGGGAUCUGGCAUCAGUGUAAAUCCACCAUGGUUCGAGAACAUCACAACAGGUCUUUUCAGAUCUCCUGGUGAUAUUCUCAUCGGAGGAAUUUUCCCAAUUAAUGAACUCACCAGCAACUUGAGCGAACGGGUGAAGCCAGAUGAUAUUCACUGCAACAGGAUCAACUCUUACGGUCUUUCCAUUUCAUUGGUAAUGAAGUACUGCGUGGACGAGAUCAAUGCUAAACCGGAUCUUCUCCCUGGAAUCAAACUUGGCUUUGAGAGCUUCGACACCUGUCAGCAACCGUCCGUCGUCAUAUGGCCUGUGCUACAGUUUCUCACAAAGGAAGCAACCGAGGAAAUGGAUAUCACCUGUAACUACACUGACUACAAGCCUCGAGUUAUAGCUAUCGUAGGCCCCAACAACUCGGAGCUGGUGCCGGUCAUUGGCAAGCUGAUUGGAUUUUUUUUAAUGCCACUAAUUAGCUAUGGAGCCACCAGUGACGUGUUCAGCGACAAAGAGACGUUUCCAUCCUUCAUGCGCACGGUCCCCAGCGAUCGCUGGCAGGCUCUGGCCAUGGUGCAGCUUCUCAAACAGUUCGGGUGGAACUGGGUGUCGGUGGUAGGCAGUGAUGAUGAGUAUGGUCAGAAGGGUCAGCGGCAGUUCUCCAGCAUGGCCAAUGAAGAAUCCAUCUGUGUGGCCUAUCAAGGUUUGAUUCCUGUCUACAGCAACCCAGAGGAAACGAUAAAGGAGAUACUUGAUCGCAUUGUGGAGGCCAAAGUAGGAGUAGUGGUGGUCUUCUCCCUUCCCAAACCAGCCAGAGACUUCUUCACAGAGGUUAUCAAACGUAACAUGACAGGAGUCUGGGUGGCAAGCACAGCGUGGGCUCUGAACGAUGGUGUAUCCAGCCUGCCCGGCAUCAACACUAUAGGCACAGUCGUGGCAUUCGCAGACAUCACUAGACCUCUCGACCUCUUCACCCCUUACGUCCGUGAGCUCUUCACAAAAAUCGAGAAGGAGAGACAAGCGUUAAGCCUUCCGCAGUCAGGCACACCCAUCUCCCCUCUGGACAACCCUUGCCCCGCGUGCAGCCAAGUCACCCAAGCCAACGUGAGCAUGGUGGAGAUAAAUCUAGUCCAACGAUCAGCUUUCAGCGUGUACACUGCUGUCUACUGUGUGGCACAUGCGCUGCAUGACCUUCUUGGAUGCAAUGCCAGCAAUUGUGCUGUGGACCCCAAAACACAAAACGUCUAUCCAUGGCAGUUGUUACAGAAGCUCCGAAACGUUUCCAUGAAUAUAUCAGGGAUCUCGUUUAAGUUUGAUAGUGAAGGUAAUCCAAACUUUGGCUAUGAUAUACUGCAAUGGAACUUUACUGGCAGCACUGUCAACUUUAAGGUGCUUGGAUACUUUUAUCAGAACCUCACGAUUCAGACACACGAAAUAAAAUGGCACACGGCAAAUUCCAAGGUGCCAGCAUCCACUUGCUCCUCAAACUGUGAGGUAGGACAGGUGCGCAGGGUCAAAGGAUUUCACUCCUGCUGUUUUGACUGCAUUGACUGCAAAGAAGGAACUUAUCUCAACAGAACAGAUGACAUCCAGUGUACUUUAUGUCCUGUUGGCAAGUGGUCCACCUUCCGAAGCACACAUUGCGUCUAUCCCGUUUAUACAUACCUGGACUGGCCCCACUUUGAGUCGAUAGGAAUCAUGUUUGGAGGAAUUUUGUUACUCGCAUCACACGCAUGGGUAGGGUUUCAUUUUUUCAGGAACAGAGGAACUUCAAUGGUGAAAAUCGCUGGUGGACCGCUGAGCGGCAUUACCUUGUUGUGCCUGAUGGCACAAUGCGCCAGUCUGGUGCUGUUCCUGGGUCAGCCGAAUGAUAUUGCGUGCCGCCUACAGCAGCCCCUGAACACCUUCUUUCCCUCAGUGGCCCUCUCGGUCAUCCUCAGCAGUUCCAUUCAGAUUGUCUGCGUCACAGAAUUCCCCGAAAAAUGUCCCGAUCACCUGUCAAACCUGCGUGAGCGAGUAAGCUGGUUUGUAGUUCUGGGUUGCUGCGGGGUCCAAGCGGGGCUGUGCGGUUGGUACGUCCAAGAUGGUCCCACCUUAACCCAAUAUGUCGCCAGUUUGGAGGUGAACUACGUGACCAGAUUUCUGCGAUGUCCAGUGGAGCCCUUGUUGAACUUUGGCUUGAUGAUUGGUUUCAACGUGGUGCUGGCACUGCUAUCAUUCAUGUCCACCUUCAUGGCUCUAAAGCCACAUGGACAAUACAACCUGGCCAGAGACAUCACCAUCUCCUCCUUGAUUUAUUGUGUAACGUGGGUGAUGUUCAUCCCCACAUACACAAGUCUAAAUGAUAAGUAUAAGUCUGUCGCUCAAGCCGUAGUCAGUUUAGGGAGUAAUUUUGGCUUGACAGCAACCUAUUUUAUCCCUAAAUGCCAACUGUUAGUCAAACAGCCUGAACUCAACACAGAUGAUCAUUUUCGUACAUUUUUAGAAGGGCCCCCUCCACCUGAAAAUCCACCAGAAACGCCAUCUGAAACAACAACAGAACAAACAACAACAGAGUAAAUCAAGCACAAAACGAUUGCUUAAUUGAUAUUACUAUCAUACAGCUUUGCGUUGUGUUCAAUAUAACACAGCCUUUCUCAUACAUUAUUGCUGAAAAAAAACGCA